AUGGAGCUUUGCAUUCCUCCUCCGCCUCUACUCUGCACCCCGCCCCUUCUAGUCCCUCUCUCCCCCCUCUCUCCCUCCGUAGAGCGAGAACACACACUCAGCGGCACGUACGUGCACGCACAGGGAGGUAAUGGGCCUAUGGUGGGCGAUGGCAAGAAAAUAGGGGGAUAUUGUCUAAAUAUUUCAGCAUCGUCUCCAUUGUCUCCAACCAGACUUUGACCAUUGUUCUUUCUACUCAGCAAAUGUGCACGGUUGCAGGUGUUCCAGUAAACUCUGGGUCUGUCUGUCUGUGUGUGUGAAUAGAGAGAAAAGAAAUCAAAUUGGCUGUGAUUUUGAACAUUGCUACUGCUGCUGCUGCCUGGGUGCUUUUGUGUAACAGCACAGCCAGUGAAGCGCCGACUUGUUCAGCCACAUCUUUAGACAGGCUUUGUGGGCCCCCUGCAGGCGUCUGGGGCAGACGACGCAAGGCUUUUCCCUGAAGCGAAUUUAGGAAAGCCGACUGACAAACAAAAAAAAUGUGUCGAAGAGGAGUGGGCGCCAUAUUGGACUCGUACACGAAGUGAAUUUAUGGUGUGAUUUCUCCUUGUUGGCCGUUGCAGAUGUGAACACUGGUUGAAGAACAGCCAGCACGAGUGCAUGGCUGUCCACCGGGGCAUGCCGCCUGCUAACGGGCCCUGUGAAACGGUGCACACCGACACAUCGUGCGGCCUCUUUCCCGUUGAAAUUCAACACUCUCGCAUGAACGCAAUACGUCCUCAUAUGCAAGCCUUUCUUUCUUGCAGGCUUCCUCCCAUCUUUCCCUGCAAGAAGCCAUUCGCGCAGACCCCAGAUCAUCACCGGCUCCAAAAUUCCAAGUGUUCUGCAGCCCAGAAUGGCGUCACCUGAUUGGCUGAGAGCCUAUCAAUCAUGCCUUUAGCCGCACCCCUCCCCCCAUUCAACCACUCGCCUCUCUGUUCCAGUGUGUUUACUACACUGCCGAGCAUAAGGGAGACACUCGUCUUCACAUGCACUGAACCCACUAAGAAAAACAGUUUUUAGUUAAAUUUGUAAGAAAACCUCCAAGAGAUCAACAUGCCCAAGAGAAAGGUACGUAUUUUCAAAAUAACAAAAAUAGUUUGAAGGGGAUAGAAGCUAUAAAUGCAAUGCAAACGAUUGUGAAGACAUCCCUAUGAGACAUUACUUAAUUAUAACGCAAUGUACGACCAUUACAUGUCGCUGGUAAUUUUUGCCUAUUUUCUGUAUAUAAUGUACAUUUUUUGUGUGUCAGAAUGAAUAUUUUCCCGCUCGCUCACGGCUUAUAAAACGCGUUUUCUUCAUGAAGCCGCUGUCCUUUGGGGAGUCAGAAGUCUCUUUCGGUCUCCAUGCAGUUAAAGCACAAGCAGCAGCCAUGCUUUGCAGCUCUUGUCCACCUUCGUCGCCGACCUACCGAGAACAAACGCUCCGCUUAUCGCCAUUUCGCCACCAAACCGACCAAAAGUGCCACCAGAAAAUGCCUUGGUGCCUUUACUUUGCAUUUUGGCCGUAAAAACAAACAUUAGCCAUCGCGUUUCGAUAAAAUUGUAUAUUUUCUGUCUUUGUUCAUAGUCCCAAAUGGCUGCUAUGACGCGGCUUUGCCGCCUGGUGGCGCCUGUGAGCUUUAGGAGGUCCCUCCCCCUCCUCAAAGACUCCCGCGCCAGCUUUCAAAUCUGAGCUCCAUGCAUUGAAUGAGAGAAAGAGAUGGGGGAGUGAAAGGGAAAAGCAGGGCCUGGGCCCUCGAAAUAUGGCUCCAGUGGCCCACAUGGCUUAGCUCUUAUGACCUAUAACUGAAACUAUGCAUUUGCCCCACACCUCUGGGCUCUAAUCCUUAAAAAUUACCUGUAUUUGAAAUAUUUUUUUGUUUUCACAUGAAUCUUAAAAGUUUUUUCAACAGAUUGGUAAGUAUGUAAAAUAAGUCACUGAGGCAUUCAACAACUGUUUCUUGUCAAUAUAAACAACCUCCAAAGUCUCAAUAUUACUAUUUUUCUAUUUUUUUCAUUUUUGACAUUUCAUAUUUGUGUUUUUCUGUUACAGGGAGGUGAAGGAGGAGAAAAGGAGGAGGUAAGAGGGAAUAUGGGAGGUAACACCCCUUACAUGUUAAUAAAACAACCUUAAAGAGUAGUGAGUAGGACAUGUUGGGGCAGUAAUGGAAAGAAAGUGCUUUGUGUCAAAUUUAAACCUUUAUUUCUUGAAUAAAGUCACAAUCACUGAAAAAGAAAAAUCUGAUAAUGAUCUUUGUUGUUUUUCAGCCCCAGAGGAGAUCAGCCCGGUUAUCGGCGGUAAGAAGAAAGAGAAACUCAUUUACUUUAAUACAGAUUAAUAAGAACCAUAAUAAACAAUAUUAGGAGUCAAAAAAGUAGUUCAAUCUUUGUUAUUGACCAGAUUGUGGAAAACUUUCCUUUAAUGAUAAAGAAACAAGUAUGGGACCGAGUUUCAGCCUUUAAAGUAUUAACCAAAACUACCUCACAUAUAAAAAUGUAAAAACUGUAAUUAGUGUAGAAUUAGCUUCGGAAUAUGUGAAGAAUAUAUGCAUAGUACAAUAAAUACCAAUAAUGUUGUCUAAACUAGCUUAAAUAGAAGGAAAAGGACCAAUAAAAUGUAUUUUAUAGUUUUUAAACCCAAAAGAAUGAUAUAUAACAGAUAAUAGCAGAAAUGUUAAGAGCAGACAUAGCAGAGGCUGUCAAAGGUAACAAGUAUCUUUUUAUAUUUUCUAAAUCUGUUCUUUUUAGUGUUUUUGUGUAUAACAUUAACCUUCUGAUGUUAAAAUCUGUUUUGUUCGUAGCAAACAUCCAAGAGUUACUUCUUUAGCGAACCUUGCAAAAAAAGUUAUCAGAAAGAGCAAAGAGGCGAGAAAGUUUGUUAAUAUGAAAAUAAAAAGAGUUUAAGCCAACUUUUUAUGAUCUCAUGUAUUUCACAGAGACCUGCUGCGCCCAAGCCUGAACCAAAGGCCAAGAAAGCAGCAAAGGUGAGAGAUACUACAUUAAGAGAUGCUGACAUGUUGUUAUUUGAACCACAAAGCAAAAGACUCACAGCCAUGUGUUCGAAUCGAGCGCGCUGACGUUUUUUUUUUACUGCCCUCACAGAAGGAGAAGGCUGUGAACGAUAAGAAGGAGGAGAAGAAGACCAAGAAGGCAAAGGAGAACGCAGAGGCAGAGGCUAACGAGGAAAACCACUCUGAGAAUGGAGAGGCCAAGACCAAUGAGGUGGGUAGAGUGAAAGCAAAAGUUCUCAACAGCAGGGGGAACUUGGUAGAAACACGGCUUUAAAAUGACCCGCGAUUCUGACCUCUUUGUGCUUAUGUCCCACAGGUGGAGGCAGCCCCAGAAGAGGCAAAGGAGGAGGCCAAGUCCGAGUAGCACCACUGCCCAAACUUCCUCCUCCUUUACAAUCCCUUUUUCCCCCCUGAACCCCCAACCAGCCAGCCAGCCCCCCCAAGUCUCUCACAUGGUUUCCCUCCAAGGCGUAUUGUUAACAGAGGAAUAUUUUUAUCAAUGAUUUUAUAAGUAUCCGUACAGAUUUUUAGCACAAAAGCAAAGCUGAUUAUGGAGCGCCUUGCAGAUUUGCAGUGGUCAUAUCAAGUGUCUGCAAGCAAGAUGAACACACUAAAAUCUUUUUUAAAUGGCAUUUCAUGAUUGUUGAAGGCUUGUGUGGUGUAGAAAGUGCGUCCCUGCCGGAUUGGCUAUGUUGUGAGCUGUGUACUCCUGUGUUUUUCCUUCUCCCCCCCAUCUUGCCCCUCUCCUUCCCUUUCCUCCCCCCUCAGAUUAGACCUCUCUCCCCCCUUAAAGUUCAGCCUUUAUCCAUGUUUUAUUAACGGUUCAGCCAUGUUAAUGUGGGUGAUUCUUUUAGACCUCUAAAUGUGCAGUGAAUUCCCUUUGCUUCUGUCUCUUGUUUUUUUUUUUUUUUUUUUCAUUGAAAUCGUGUUUAAAAAAAGCGUGUUGAAGUGUGUUGUCCAUAAGAAAGAGGAAGAUGAACAUGUGAAACAUUCCGGGAACAGCGAUUGCCUCCAACCUGUCUCCUAGACGACCCUGCGUGUAAAACAGCUCCUGCUCCAUCCACGCUGUCAUGUCGGCUUUUCUAAACACUCUGGUUUUUUUAAACAAUUGAAUUUGGAAACCUUCUCUGACAAAUGCAGGUGUCUGGUCCCUCUCUUAUGUUCUCAAAUUCUCUUAAUAAAAACAAGUCCUGGGAAUUUUCCUCGAAU